GACCGCUGUUGUUUUUUUUUUCGAUUCGCGCUCGGUUCGUCCGCUCCUGUGUGUGUGAGUGUGGCAAGAAGAGGAAGCAGAAGGAAGCCGCAGAGGGAAAACCCAAUUCCGGGAAAUUUUAUCAAUGAGCCAGAAGACCAAGUGUAAAGUGAUCGAAAUGCGUGCGUUUCAAUAGAAAAAAUUUAAUUUCGAGUUUUAUUUCGGCACCUCUGUCCGUUCUUUAAUCGUGUGUUUGGUGGUGUGAGUACUGCGGCGGUGUGUGUGUGCGUCAGUGUCACCACGCCUACUCGGGAAAUGGCCGCAACGGUCUACCAACGCCUACAUAGCGUCGCCGUUGGCGUCGGCAGCGCCGCGGGCAGCGCAGUCGGAAGCGGGUCGGCAUCCUGUCCAGGAUCUGGAUCGGGAUCGGCAUCUGGAACGGGAUCAGGGAGUGGAAACCCCUCCUCCUCCGCCCUGCUAAGCCAUUCUCAGCUGACUCGCUCGCUGGAACGAAUCCUGGAGGAGGCGCACUUCAGCGGCGAACUGAUCCUGACCAAUCGAAAGCUGAAGGACUUUCCCAGGACUGGAGCAAAGUACUCGCUCACGGACACCGUCAUCGCAGAUCUGUCCCGGAAUAGAUUCGCCGAGCUGCCCGAGGAAGUCACGACGUUCGCCUUCUUGGAGACCUUGCUACUGUAUCACAAUGCGAUUCGCAGCAUACCGGAAUCGGUGAAGCAGCUAUCCUCGCUCACCUACUUGGAUCUGCGCAGCAAUCAGUUAUCCUCGCUGCCCCGAGAGAUCUGUUUUCUGCCCCUUCAGGUUCUUCUGGUGUCGAACAAUCGCUUGGCUUCGUUGCCAGAUGAACUGGGUCGAUUGGAUCAGACAUUGACCGAUUUGGAUGCUUCGUAUAAUCAGUUGACCAACUUACCAGCUCGUUUGGGCGAGCUGAGAUCUUUGCGUUCACUUUCGCUGAGGAGCAACAACUUGAUGUAUCUGCCCAGGGAGCUAACCUGUUUGAGUUUAAUUACCCUGGACGUGAGCAACAACAAGAUUGCUAGUCUGCCACUGGAGAUUCGACACAUGGGCACUUUGGUGGAGCUUCAGCUGGAAAAUAAUCCACUUACCUCGCCUCCAGCUAGUCUCUGCAUGCGUGGUUUGGUGCACGUGUUCAAGUUUCUGGAGACGCAGGCCACCAAAGACGAGAAGGGUUCCCGUUCAGGCGGCAACUACGAUGGUUACACCACACUGCGAAGAGCUCCUCGACACAAUUCCAGCGGCAAUGUCCUCGAAGCCAGCACCACUGGCAGCAGUAACAACCAGCGAAGGCAUCAGGUCGACUCGGGUUAUAGCACUAGCGAUGGUCUGGACAAGCGCUGGUCGCACGAUGUCCCAGCCAAGUCGAAAACGGAUUCACCGCUGCACUGCGUCUCUAAUUCGGCAGCCGCCACUUUGCCCAGAACGCUGCCAAGUGCGGUUCAUUCGCACGCGGAUCUGAUGGAUGCAUCCCUCACCUCCAGCACGAGUACGAUUGUGGAUGAGAGUCUCACCCUGAGUCCCACGGCAUCGCCAUGCAAGUUGAGCUAUGCGCACUCGAAUAGCUCCAGUAAUGGUUCGUCGCCGGAUCAGGAUGAGGACAUCAUGCUGGAUCACCAGGAGCGCACUGUCCACCACUCCAAUGGGAAGUCAGGCAAGAGCCUCAGUAAUAUUCAGACAUAUAAGGAGUACAAGGAGGCCCUGAAACAGCAGCGCAAUCAGGAGAUCAGCGUAUACAAGCAGAAGCAUCCGAAUGCCAAUCACAGUCCCAACGACGACGAGGAUCUAUCACCAUCGCCACCUGGACUCCCAAACGGAUCUUCCUCGAACACACUGCCAAAGUCUAUUAUGAAACAGAACAACAACCAAAACGGUCACAACGGUAACGGAAAUGGAAACGGAAAUGGAGUCGAUGAUGUUGUCAUACCAAAGAAACCCAUCCAGAAGGUGAUACCCUCUAGGAAUACGGAAAUCAAACCGGCAUCCUCGUCUGGCAUUCCCUCAGCCAUUCCAUCGGAUUGUUUGGGCUAUGUGAAGCCGCAGAGUCCCAUGAAGAAUGGCACAAACAAAUUCAAUACGUCCAAUGGCGGAGGAGUGCCAUCAAAUGCGGGAAUUGCCAGCAGCACCACCAUCAAAUCGCCAGUCAGCUCAACCACAAAGCUUGGCACAGUAAAGACACACCGUUCGGUGACCUGGAACCACGACAUUCCCGCCGAGAAGCUGAGCUUCACCAUGCGGCGGGAGUUCGAUCGUCAGAGGGAGGAAACUGAGUUGAUGUCGCAGUUGAGGAGUAUCAUUGAAACGCGUUUGAAAAUGACGUUGCCAGUGGAUAUUGCCUCUGCUCUGACGGACGGUGUUAUUCUGUGUCAUUUGGCCAAUUAUGUUCGUCCACGUUCAGUGGCAAGCAUUCAUGUGCCAUCUCCCGGUGUGAAUAAGUUAACAAUGGCCAGGUGUAGACGCAAUGUGGAUAACUUUUUGGAGGCAUGUCGUCGCAUUGGCGUAGAUGAGGAGUUGAUUUGCUCCUGUGAAGAUGUUGUGCCACAAAUUGAACCGCAACAACCACAAUUGCCACGCGCUGACGAUGACUAUGAUGCUGAUGUUUAUGUCCAAGAUGGCAACAUCAGUGGCAGCCAUGACAGCCAUGACAGCAACAGCAAUGACAAUGACAGCAACAUGAUGCAGUGCCACAUCGAUGGCAACACCGGCAGCAGCCACCUCAUUGAUAGAGUGCCCAAUGCAUUGGCCCUACUGCGCACAGUGUCCGCUCUGAUUGCCCUGGAUGAAAAUCCGUAUCAUCAGCAGCUUCAUCAUCACCUUCAGCUGCAGCAGCAAGCGGUUGUUGUUGGCCAACAGCAACAGCAGCAACAACACUUCGAUCAUGAGCAACUCAGUGAGCCAACUACCUGCAGCCAACAGCAAGAACAGAUGUUGCUGUUGCAGCAGCAACAGCAGCAGCUAGAGCAUGUUUUGUAUGAGAAUGGCCAGCCAAGGGCUGAAAAUGAUGAUGGGGUUGAGGAUCGUGAUGAUGAUCUAGGCAAGCGGCAGCAGCAACUGGCGGCAGUGGGUCACAUGCUGCUUAAGGCCAAGCAAAAGACCUAUGAGAAAAUCAAGCACAAUCUGUUGAGUGCCCAUGGUCAGCAUAGUUUCCAGAGUAACAAUAAUAAUAGAAUGUUGCACACGAUUGUCGAGAAUGAGCACGAUGUGGCCGCCGCGGGACCGGCGGGUCAUUAUCAAGUUAUAGACGAGAAGCAACAGCAGCAACCGCAGCAGCAGCAACAGUCGGAGGAUUCGAAGGAUGGCGGAUCACUUGUCAACGCAACAAAGGAAGCCAUCAGCAAGCGCAUCGAGUUCUUCGAGCAGCAGAAGAAUGGCAAACAGAAACUGGAGGUGUUCAGCAUCUAUUUGCCCAAGGAGAACAAGCAGCUGGAGCAGAAAAUAAAAGCCAAGUCCAACGAAGCUGGAACUUCAAUAUUAAAGCACGAUUCGCACACUUUGACAGUGAUACUGUCGUGCGUUUUCAUCGCCACUUUCCUCUGGCUGGUCUUCUUCCCGCUGCCCGGCUAGUCUACAUAGCAUAGCUUCUUUAUUUUGCCUUGGUUUGCCAGUAGAGUUAAGAUAAAAGAGAAGGCAGCUUUAUUGCUUUUUCCACGUGGUAGUGAGUUUUUGAGGCUGCUUUUUGUUUACCGCUUUUAUAGGCUUAUCCCUUAUAUUUAUGAUAAACUCUAUACCCCAAAUUUUAAUCUAAGAAACGAAGAUUUCCCAUAAGGAAAACAAAACAAACAGGCAACUUUUGAGGCAUUUAAUUGAGAGACAACCCAAAGACUUUGUAAUAUAUUUAGGCUCGAUUUAAUGGAUUGGGGGUAUGCACAAUUUAGGAUACUAUAUCUAUACUAUUUAAAUAGUAAAAAUUUAUGUUCCAAAAGAAGAUACAAAUGCUCUUUUUGAGUUUCGACCUAAAGUUCCUUUGAAAAAUACUUUCUUCACUUUUUAUUGUUAUUCUUAUUCUUUGGUUAUUAUUAUAUAAUAUUUAGGUAUGACUCAUGAUUAUUAUUUAUUUAAAUCAUUAUUUAUUAGUGCACAUCAACAAUAUUUAUCACCACUUAUCACCUACAUUAAACUAUAACUUGAUUAUAAACAAAGUUAACUCUAGCCGACUUCGAUUGUGCAUACCCCUAAAAAAGAAUUCAAAUAAGCCAAUUCAACCCAUAAUAAUCACAUAUUCCUAGUUCAUGUACAAUCUAUUGAACUCUAAAUUGAAUUAUGUACAAUCUUACAAGAGUAUUCAAAAAUUUUAUUUAAAUAACCACGAUUGUGGUUAAAUAUUAAAUAACAUACGCUUGAAUUUAUUGAAUUUACAUUAACCAUUAUAAAACUUGAUUCAACUAAGUUACAACGAAACUAUAUCGAUUUAAGUUCCAUUCUGGCAAAAAAAAACCAUUAUAAAUAUAAUUUUACAUAGGUAGAUGAUACAACAUAAACCAGUUAGAUGGUUUAGAUGAGAUGAAAAGGAAAGAGACUUGUUACAGUUUGAUGGACAGAUAAUUCGGGCAGAGUAUUGUAAAAAAUAACUGCAGAUGAAGGUAGGAGUUGUAUGGUUUUACUUGAAGCAGGGACACUCAAAAUAGUUGUAGAAAGCGUGAAAAUUAAUAGAGUAAUAUAUAGCCAACCAAUGUACCAAUUUAGAAGUAUUCUUCUACGUAAAGUAUAUCAAAUCAGUUAAAAAAUAAUAUAUAUUUUGUCAACAAUAUGAUAUCAAUUCAUCAUUAUUUUAUUAAUUUGACACAAGUUACGAGAUGCAAGAGUAAAAGUAUAUCAUUUUUCCCAUACGUACUUCAAACGUGAAGACAUAUUUAGAAAUAUUUUAACAAGCUUGUUGAAGAAGGUUCAUUACCAAGCAUUACUCACUUUCUUGAAUCAAUUUAACUGCGCACAAUUCACUAAUGAAAAGACCAUUUAAAUACAAAUUGUAAUCACAAAAUAGUGCCUUUGACUGGAGAUCGGCGGCAGUCUUGUUUGCCUACAAUCUUAUACUAUAUCGUAUCUAUCCUUCUCAAAAGCAAUAUUUUUCCAUUAAAAAUGUUUAAAAACGGGACACUUUCCUUUAUUAAUUUAAUUUACAACCGAGUUUACUUGACUAAACAUCCAAUGUGCUAACAACAUUCCUAACAUUAUUUAUUUACUUUAAGCAUAAUUGUACUUAAAAGAUGGAAAACAAAAUGAAAUCGAAUCAAAUUUCUAGAAGAAGCACAAUCUUUAACCCUCAUAAAACAUUUAAGAUAAACGUAUAUAUUUAUCUAGCGUCUAAAACCAGAAAUAUAUAUUUUGUCUAACAAAAUUAUUAAAAAAAAGACAAGGCAUUGAGGCAGCUGUAAUCAGUCAUAAUUUUUAUAAAAAACGCGUAUUUAACAUGCAUAUAUACUGAAAAACAUAUACGACAUCUCCAAAAUGAAAAAUUUAAGCCAAAACAUUUUCUCAGCAUUUGUCAGGAAUAUUCCGUAUUUCUACUUCCAAACCAAAUGAAAAUAAAAUAAAACCGUUGCAUUUAAAUUUAAGCACAAAUUGUCAACUAAGCGCUAUGUAUACAAAUGAAAUCAAAGAGCAAAAUAUAUGACAAAUAUAUGUACCCAAAAAAAGUUAAAUGCAUUAAAUUAACAUCUUACAGUUUGAGAGCAACCGUGACAUAGCUAAGACCCAAACCAUAACGUGUGGACCGUGUUUUUCUUAGCAAAUAAUUGCUCCAGUGGCAUUUUAACUGUGUCAAGCCGGAAAACUUAAAUUCUUAAACUGAGAUUCUUUCAAUAUAAGUAAAAAAGCAAUUAUAAAACUAAAAAAAUAAUAUUGUAUAUCUUAACCUUUUGUUUAAUCGUUUGAUGUUGGAAGACAACGAACGUUAAUCAAAUUUUUGCCCAAGCUGACAAUGAAAUUUCUACUUAUUUGUGCAAAUC